AUGCCAUUUCUAAACCCUCAGCCCAAGAUCAUCAUCGCUGGUGCAGGUAUUGGUGGCCUCACGGCAGCGCUGUCCCUCCACGCCGCUGGGUUCACAGACAUCCACAUCUUCGAAGCAGCGUCACAACUCACAACUCUUGGCGUCGGGAUCAAUGUGCAACCCUCCGCCAUUCUCAUUCUCCGUAAUCUCGGACUCCUGGAAGCUUUCGAGAAGACCGGCGUCAAGACGCAAGAACUGAACUUUUACAACCGUCACGGCCAUGCCAUUCUCAGCGAGCCACGAGGUCUCAAGGCAGGCUAUUCGGUUCCGCAAUUCAGCGUUCAUCGCGGCGAAUGCCAAAUGCUGCUUUUGAGUGCCGUCAAAGAGCGUUUGGGCGAAGGGGCGGUCAAUCUCAAUCACGCUCUGACAGGGUUCUCACAGGAUGAGAAGAGCAUCACAGCAGAGUUUUCGCAACGGCGAGAUGGUGCGCCGGCAGGACAGUCGAGCGUCACUGGCCAUAUUCUGAUAGCCGCUGACGGAAUCAAUUCGACCGCGAGAAAGGUUCUCUACCCCAACGAAGGCCCGCCACGAUUCUCGGGCCGCAUGCUUUGGCGCGGCUGUAUCGAGCGUGAGCCGUAUCUCACAGGAGCAUCAAUGGUUUGGGCUGGUCACGCCGAUCAAAAGUUCAUCGCCUAUCCCAUUAGCCAGCGCUCCGCAGAUAAGGGCAAGAGCCUUGUGAACUGGAUUGCCGAACUCAGGAUAAGAGACAAGGAUGAUGAGGAUCUCACGCCGCCACAGACGGACUGGACAAAAGCAGUCGACAAGUCUGUGUUUGAGGGGCCGUUUCAAGGUUGGCGGUGCGGCGGGCUCGAGAUGAAGGAUCUCAUCGACGCAACCGAGAAGGUUUUUGAGUUCCCUAUGAGCGAUCGGGACCCUGUUGAGCGUUGGAGCUUCGGCCGCCUGACUUUGCUUGGUGAUGCUGCGCACGCCAUGUACCCGAUUGGCUCCAACGGCGCAUCGCAGGCUAUUAUCGACGCGGAGACUCUUGCGAAGCAACUUGUUGAGACCCAAGACGAUGUGGUGGCGGCGCUGAAGGCGUAUGAGUCGGAGCGGCUGCCAGCCACGUCCAAGAUUAUCAUGGCAAACCGUGGAAAUGGACCGGAUCACGUCUUGCAAAUAUGCGAGGAAAGAGCACCCGAUGGUUUCGAGAAUGUCUACGAUGUUGUCCCGAAGAACGAACUAGAAGACAUUGGUCGGGUCUACAAGAAGGUGGCUGGGUUUGAAAUGGAAAGUGUGAAUAAGAAAGCACAGGAAACAGACGGCAUUAGUGAGAAACUAGGAUUAAAGAGCCCAGCUGAGUGGAUUUAG